AUGUCCAAUCCCCGGAAACGACCGCGUGACGAGCGCAAUGAGGAGUUCAUACGAUAUGUGCGGCAGGUAUCGCAACCGGGCCUGGACGGAAACGGCGUUGUUACUAUGUUCAUGAGCCCUGCAGUUACGGCCGGAUGGUGGAAGAAAAGUGGCCAGCGAAGAUUAUCUCGAGCGAUCGAUCGCAACAUCCACGCUCUUCCUACGACGAUUGAGAAUGGCUACUUGAACAUCUUCUCCAUUCUGGUGUACAUCAGCAGGACAUACCUCAUCAACAACUUCACCUCCAAUGGUUACCAGGACCUGCAACUUCCCUUACUCAAUCCGCGAUAUUUCGGCGAUGAUCCUGCACUUGUCGACGACAUGAAGGAGUUUUGCGAUAACCAAUGGAUGUUCUGUCCUCUAAUAUUCUCGCGACAUACCCCCAUGGAUAAGCGAUACAUCGAUGCUCGGCAAAUAUUACCUAUCAAACCGACUUUCACGAUAACAACUGAUUCGAACUACUCCAAGUCAAUUAUUAGAGUUGUGACCUUGUACCCUGAAUGCUUCGAUCACGAAUGGAGUCCGACGGGUACCGUUGUCUUUAAAGAGUACCGCACACGCGAGAGAGAAACUUUGCGAGAUGCAUGGACCAAGGAAUACAACGCAUUCGCCGCGAUCGAGUCUUGCGAUUACAUUGUUAAAUAUCUUGGUUCAUUUGAGCAGAACAAUCGCUGUUUCAUGAUCUUGGAGCAUGCGACUGAAGGUAGCCUUCUCGAAUUGUUCAAGCGCAACGAAAGACCAAUCACUGAAGAAGAACGGCGGUAUUUCUUAUAUGGCUUGAUGGGUCUUACCAAAGCCAUCGACAAGAUACAAAACCUUGGAGGCGGCCCUAGGAAUCAACGAACAGGGUUUGCUCAUCGUGAUAUCAAGCCUGCCAACAUCUUGGUAUUCCCUGGUCAAGAUGGGCGGUACUCGUGUGGCUUCCGAAUGAAGCUUGCUGAUUUCGACACUGCGACACCUGAUCGACCAAUAGAUGAGGAUGAAUCCAGUUUCCAAGAUAAUGACGGAAACAGGACAUAUUGCUCUCCCGAAGCAACCAGGCUCUACAGGGACCAGGAGAAGGGUUUCAUGCAGGUUCCAGUUGCCUCCGAUGUCUGGUCUCUUGGUUGUGUCAUCAGCGAAGCAAUUGUCUGGGUUGCUGGCGGGACGGCUGCCCUUGACGAAGCUGCCAGCGAUCGCAGAAUGGAGAUACUGACACAUUGGCCACUUCUUGCCGAUGGCAGCUUUGGCGAAUGUUUCCACAACAGUUCCACAGCGCUUACUUGUGUUGGGAAAUCACAUGCAGCUGCGCUCGAUGCGCUACAAGGUCCCAUUUUCCUCUCACGGAAUGUGUGCAGACUUGUCGAGCAUCGGAUGCUGGUACCAUAUCGAGACAGGCAACCCCCCAUGUCUAUCUGGAAAACCUUUGAGACAAAUUACCAGGAAAUCUUUGACCCUAUUCCUCCUUUAGGUCGUCAUAGCCCGCCUCUCUUAUCUCAUCCCGGGUUCCACAACACUCCGAUACUCACUCAGUCACCGACCGAGCCUUUGUUUCAGCCAGGCCGAUCUCCUCACCAGCGGCCGUCCUCCCAUUCAGGACCUUUGCACCAGAUCAGUAUGGCCUUAAAUCGCCCCGAUAUACACCAGCGAGACCCCCUUGGUAUCAAUACUCGAAUGGUUUCGAAUAACGGAACCCCAAUCGAUCGCCACAUAUCAGCUCAAUGGAGCCGCAAUGGAUUCCAGGCUAUAUCUGAGCUGGAAGGCAAAUCUUCCCCUGUGUCAGCGGUAUCUACCAAGGAGUUCAAUCUUGGAGACACGCUGGGGUCUCCAACACAUCCUAGCAUCUCAUUUCCUGCUCAAGAUAAUCAUUACCAUUCGAUCCCCGACGCCAACAGCCCUGCCAAGACAUCUGUCAACAUUAACAGACUCACUCCACAGAAACAGAAUGAAAUGGGUAUGUAUGGGUACCUCACUGUCGACGACGUUGUCAGUCAUCGCAAGAAGAAUGGUAAAAGGGAGUCAUUGGAGGGCUACGAAAAGCACCGCAAUCGGAUGGGAAAUCGGCGGUAUCUCUUUAUAAUAGACGAUUCUGAGACGAUGCGUGAUAGGGAGCGCGAGGUACUUAAAGUGUUGGAGGUUUUGGUAUGGCUCGUCUGGAAGAUCGAUCAAUCUGGUCCAGAAAUCCGCUUCACUUCGAAACCAGACAAGAAAUUCCCGAUAGAACGCCGACCUCGGGUUCUUCUCAAGAUGGAGUUGAUGAGAAACGCUCUGGACAAGUUCAUCAACCCAGUACGGCACUGGCUCAGUGGUAACGACGCUGAAACCCUCUGCAAUAUGAAGCACUCAUUCAAUCAGAUAUUUUCAGAUGCUAACAUGGUCGAUCCCAAACGUCCAACGAGCGUUAUUAUCUUGACAGAUGGUAUAUGGGAGAAAGGUGACUCACGUGAAGAGAAAGGUGUCGAGGCCUGUAUAACGAAGAUUAUCAAGCGAAUGGAAGAUAAGGGCAUUGGUGACACUGCUUUCACCUUUCAGUUUGUGAGCUUUGGUAAUGAUCCAGUUGGUCUUGGCCGGCUGAAAUAUCUGGACGACGAUGCCCUCUACGGAGGGGAUGAGGAUAACCGGACGUAA